CUCCGUUGGCGUAGCAGUGAGGGGUGCUGUACGAAUUCAGUAUAUGUGCUUUUGAGUUUCUCUUUAGAAGCGCAAGAAUCACUAAUAUCAAAUUUUCUAGUACAGUUUCCUUUUAUAAGCACUAAUUUGCGUAAGAAAAUGUCUAACGAGCAGGCAGAAACUACCACAGAGCAAGCAGGCCAGCAGCAGCUGUCGACGCCGCCGCAGCAGCAGCCGACUUCGCAGCAGGGGGAAAUGAAUGGAAAAGGCAAGAAUGAGGCCAAUGCCAGCAGGAAGGAAAGGCCUCAGAAGAGAGGUGGAGGUGGUCGCUAUGAGCCCUAUGGAAACGCAAACAAGAGAUACCGCGUUUUCGUCAGCAACAUCCCAUAUGAUGUGAAGUGGCAAGCCCUGAAAGAUCUGAUGAAAGAGAAAGUGGGUGAGGUAACGUACGUGGAACACUUAAUGGACGCAGAAGGCAAAUCCAGGGGUUGUGCUGUUGUUGAGUUCAGGACGGAAGAGUUGAUGAAGAAAGCGGUGGAGAAGGUCAACAAGCACAACCUCAAUGGUCGGCCCCUCAAAGUGAAAGAAGACCCUGAUGGUGUGAUUUGCCAGCGGGAGAUCAACAAGGCCCAAGGUGGAGGCCCUCCAGGAGGUCACGGCGGAAUGGGUGGCAUGGGGGGAAUGGGAGGAAUGGGUGGAAUGGGCGGAAUGGAUCGUAUGGGUCCUGGACCAAAUGGUCCCAUGGUCAACAUUCCUCCGAGCCUCUUGAAUAACCCGAACAUCCCCAAUGAGAUCAUCCAUGGUCUCCAGGCUGGCAGAAUUGGCAGCACUGUCUUUGUGGCUAAUCUUGACUACAAAGUGGGCUGGAAGAAGCUGAAGGAGGUGUUCAGCAUGGCGGGCAUGGUGGUGAGGGCGGACAUUCUGGAGGACAAGGACGGGAAAAGUCGAGGCAUGGGCACCGUAACAUUUGAUAUGCCCAUCGAAGCAGUCCAGGCUGUCUCAAUGUUCAAUGGACAGCUCCUGUUUAACAGGACGAUGCACGUCAAACUGGAUGAGAAAUCUCUUCCUAAAGAUUUUGGACCACCGGACAGAGCAGCUGCCCUUCCCCGUGGCCUGAGUGGUAUUGGUUUGGGACUCGGACCUGGGGGCCAACCGAUUGAUGCUACUCAGCUCAACCGAGGUGGUGGUGCAGGGAUGGGCAACAUGGGUCCUGGAGGUAUGGAAGGAAUGGGCUUCGCCAACAUGGGAGGCCGGAUGGGAGGAGGAGGUGGAAUGGACAACUUUGGAGGAAUGAACAUGGACCGCUUUGGUUCUUCAGGGAUGGGCAGGAUGAAUGAGAUGGACCGUGGGAUUGGUGGUGCUUUUGACAGGGAAUUUGGGCGAAAUGAAAUGGGAAUGUCUCGCAAUAAUUUUGGAGACUCCUUUGAAAGAGGAAUGGGAAGCUCGCUGGGAAUGGACCGCAUGGGCUCUGGAAUGGACCGCAUGGGAACCAACAUGGACCGCAUGGGAGGAAUGGAUCGGAUGGGGAUGGACAGGAUGGAUCGCGUGUCUGAUCUAGAUAGGAUGGGUUCCGGGUUUGACCGAAUGGGCUCUGGGAUGGAUCGGCUGGGACCCAGUAUGGACAGGCUCGGACCUGGUCUGGAUCGUAUGAGUUCAGGUAUGGAUCGCCUCGGCCCAUCUGGAUUUGACCGCUUGGGCCCAUCUAGCUUGGACCGCAUGGGGGGUGGUGGUGGUGGCGGCGGCGGCAUGGACUUUGGCUCUCCAAUGGGAAUGGAUCGCAUGGGCAACACCGGGAUUGACAGAAUGGCGAGCAACUUCGACCGCAUGGGCUCUGCCGGAGGACUUGACCGUUUUCCAUCUGGCGGCCUUGACCGCAUGAGCUCUGGAAUUGACCGGAUGGGAUCUGGAGGGGUUGGUGGUCAGUUCGACCGUUCUGGUGACUUGGAGCGUGGAUUUGGCGGCAAUUCCUUUGGAGGAGCUGGGGCUGGAGGUCCUGGAGCCGGGGGAAGCAAUGUCAGGAAGGGAUGUCAGAUCUUUGUCAGGAAUCUGCCUUUUGACUUCACCUGGAAGAUGCUGAAGGAUACCUUCAACGCAUGCGGAAUGGUCCAGUAUGCUGAUAUUAAGAUGGAGAAUGGGAAGUCCAAGGGCUGCGGUGUGGUUCGCUUUGACAAUCCCGAAACUGCCGAGCGCGCCUGCCGGACCAUGAACGGCUAUCGCCUGAAUGGAAGAGAAAUUGAUGUUAGGAUUGACAGGAAUGCAUAACCUGUGUGUCCGUGUUGCAUCUGACAUUUAUUUUAGUUCAUGAUCUCACUCUGUACUCCUGAACUGCCCCUUCACCCAGUGUACUGUGUUAGAUAAAUGUAACAGUGAAACUCUUUAUUUUUGCCCUUUUCAGACAUGGGAUAUGUGUCACAUGUUAAAAUCACUCAGACAUGGGUAAGCUUGACUUUGAAUGAAGCUAUGAGGACUAUUAGACUGAUCACCAUGUGUCAGAGCACCACUCAGUCUGAGAGAUCUUACUGCAGAUCAGAAAUGAAGUUGAGAUGUGAGGCUGUUAAUGUUCAUGUUAUUCUCCUUUAGGGGGUUCUACAGUGAGCUCAGGAGACAUAACUCAAACAUUAGCUUGUGCUGUUAUUGCUUUGAGUUUUAAGAAGUCAUUAUUCAGACAUGAAGCCAGCACGUUCGGAUGCUGUUACAAAAGUAAAACUAAAUGCAUGUCUGAAAUGGGCUUUAGUAACAUGUCGAUAGUCAAAGUGUUUGUUUUUCCUUCUGUUUAAAUUUUUUAGAGACCAACUUUUAAUUUUUUAUUUUUUGUCCUAUCAUGCUUCCUGUCAUUGCUUUUGUUCUGUAAGGUGUUUUGAUAAAAUAAACCUCAAUAUUUGAAAUGCGUG